AGGGUUUCGUUUAUAUACGCGAAAGAAAGCAUCUUAAUCUUUGAUCCGUUUCAAAUAAACCGAAGGGCGGUGCACAUCACUGUACGCGGCUAUGGCGGGGAUGGGCGAUGGUUACGUGGGUACAUCCCAAGAUGCCGUGAGGAUUCGAAGGCUUGAGAAGCAGAGAGAAGCUGAGAGGAAGAAAAUUCAAGACCUCAAGAAUAAGACUGCUUCUUCCCAGGGCCAACCUGGUCUACUUCAGUUCGGUUCCAGUACUUGUGAGGUUCUGGAGACUGCAUUUAAGAAGGAAACAGUUGGUUUGGUAACCAGGGAGCAAUAUGUUGAGAAGAGGGUUAAUAUUAGGACUAAAUUUGAAGAAGAGGAGAAGGAGAAGUUGCAGAAAUUGCAAAAGGAAGAGGAGGAACUUCAAGCACAAAAGAGGAAGAAGAGGAAAGUGAAGGGAAAUUCUCGUUUAUCCUUUUCUGAGGACCCUGUGGAGGGAAGUGAAGAGGAAGAGGAGGAGAACAUAAUCAAAGAUUCUAAAAAGUCUGGAUGUGGCAAAUUUGGUAAAGAUCCUACAGUGGAGACAAGCUUUUUGCCUGAUAGUGAGCGGGAGGCAGAGGAAAAAGCUGAACGUGAAAGGUUAAGGCAACAAUGGCUUCGUGAACAAGAGCAAAUAAAAAAUGAGCCUCUCGAGAUCACAUACAGUUAUUGGGAUGGGACUGGUCAUAGACGAAUCAUCCAAGUCCGUAAAGGUGAUGCCAUAGGUGAGUUCCUCAGGUCUGUUCAGCAGCAACUUGCUCCUGAGUUCCGAGAGGUUCGCACGACAUCUGUUGAAAAUUUGUUGUAUGUGAAGGAAGAUUUAAUCAUUCCACAUCAACAUAGCUUCUACGAGCUGAUUGUUAACAAAGCUAGGGGAAAAAGUGGUCCGCUCUUCCACUUUGAUGUGCACGAGGAUGUUCGAACCAUUGCUGAUGCAACAAUAGAGAAAGAUGAGUCUCAUGCGGGUAAAGUAGUUGAGAGACAUUGGUACGAGAAGAAUAAGCAUAUAUUUCCCGCGUCUAGAUGGGAGAUAUAUGACCCAACAAGGAAAUGGGAGCGUUACACCAUUCAUGGCGACUAAUGGCUGGCUGAGAGAUAUUUGAUUGAAUUGUUCUUGUUUUUAUGAGAUAUGGAAUGAGAAAUGCUUUUUACAUUAUUAUGUAGAACAUGAAUGACCUUCCAACCUCCAUAUAGAGAAAUGCAAUGCAUUUAUUUUGUUUGUUAGAUGAUGGAUCCAGAGUGUGUUGGUGGUAAUUGCAUUGCAAAUGCAUUUGUUGACUAGAAAGAAAGUAUUUUUUUUUUAAAAACAUUAAAUGGAAUAUGUUUGACUAUUUCAUCCUU